UUCUGGGGAGUGCGAUAGAGACGUGGUCUGGGCUAGAGAGGCCGGAGGUGGCGUGGAGGAAUAAAAUCAGUAGAUUGAGUGGCUAGAGAGGUCGGAGGUAAGUGGCUAUAGAAGUCGGGCGGACCCGGAAUACGGUGGAAUCGGGACCAUGACUUAUGCUUAUCUCUUCAAGUACAUCAUCAUCGGAGACACAGGAGUGGGGAAGUCAUGUCUCCUCCUGCAGUUUACAGACAAGCGGUUCCAGCCCGUCCAUGACCUCACAAUAGGUGUAGAGUUUGGAGCCCGUAUGGUCAACAUUGAUGGAAAACAAAUCAAAUUACAAAUCUGGGAUACGGCCGGGCAAGAAUCCUUCCGUUCCAUCACCCGUUCCUACUACCGGGGAGCAGCGGGAGCACUCCUGGUGUAUGACAUUACAAGGCGUGAAACGUUCAACCACCUGACCUCGUGGUUAGAGGAUGCACGCCAGCACUCCAGCUCCAACAUGGUUAUUAUGCUGAUUGGGAAUAAGAGUGACUUAGAGUCCCGCAGGGAUGUGAAGAGAGAGGAAGGAGAAGCCUUUGCUAGGGAGCAUGGAUUGAUAUUCAUGGAAACUUCAGCCAAAACUGCCUGCAAUGUUGAAGAGGCCUUCAUUAACACAGCCAAAGAAAUCUACAGGAAGAUCCAGCAGGGUUUAUUCGAUGUUCACAAUGAGGCAAACGGUAUCAAGAUUGGGCCCCAGCAGUCAAUCGCAACAUCAGCCGGACCUGGCGCCUGCCCGAGGAACUCCCGCGACACAGGGUCUGACUCUGGCUGCUGCUGAACAUCAGGCCCGAACCUCCCCCCUCCCCUUCCUGGAACGCUUCAGCUCAAUAGGCUUAAAGAAAGAGGUCUUUACUUGCUUUGGUUGAGUACAGCCUCUUUUCAAGGUGUGAUGUUUGCCUUUCCACUUAAAGACCAGGGGAAAAUUGGGGCCCUUCCUGACCUGUCCUCCUCCAGGGACAUGAGCAUUCCCUGUAGAGAUUAGGGCUCUUUUCAUCGUCAUUUUAAUUUAUAAAACAUUAGGAUCAAAGUUGAUUGUCAUGGUCGUUCAAAAAUAACAUACACAUAAACAUACACAUUCUGUUCCCUGCUAGGAGUAAGGGUAAGUAAUAAGGGUCAAGGGUUCUGCUUAUGGUUACCAGGCUCUGGCUUGCCUGUUGAGCUUUGGAAUUUUAUGGGGUUUUUUCCCCCUUGCCUUCAGGGGUUUGCUGCCACUUCAUGAGAGCUCUAAUACAAGGCAGUUACUUCAGCUUGCCCAGGAAGCUGAGUGCUCCUCUCGUUACCCCUUGCUAGUGUCUGUGUCUUACAGUAACUGCCACACCUUGAGAAUUUUGGAGUUGGUCCUAGACCCAUGGCCAUUUAUCCUUUCCCAGAAAACACAUUGAUUCCUGUUCACUUGUUUUAGGGACCAGGUCAAACAUUGCAGCAUCUUUCACCAAGUUGACCUCCACUGUUCCUUCCUACUUCCUAACUAGACUAUUUGGACUUUCUACCGAAAUCAAGCUCAUCUGCUUACUACACAUGGCCAUAUUCAUUCCUCUUUAUAUAGCUUUGCACAUGCCAUAAUACAAGGAGAAACAUUAUAACAUUAUAAUCAAAAGACCAACAUAUUCUCCUUUAGGAAGGCCUCAAUGACGACCUAAGGACUUUUAGGUGAUUAUUACCACAUUACCCCUUAGCUUUCCUAUGUUGGUUAUUUAUUUGUAUGUAUGUUACUUUGUAAAUAUGUUUUGUAGUGGUUUUACGACUGGGAUCUCUGUCCUUUAGGCUGUAAGCUCUGUGAGAGCAGGAUCCAUAUUAUUCCCUUAUUUUUAUAAACCACUUCCCCUACUGGCCUGUCUCUUCCCUCCGAUUACCCUGGGUCUAUCUGGCUCUUCUCUUGUGUCUUUCUCUGGCUCCCCACCUCCACUCUGUGCAGCACAUAGUAAGGCUGCCUGCUACCAAACAGCCAGAAAAGUGGAUACUUCUGCAGUCCUUCACCAUUUUUGAGUAUGUAACACUGGUCAUACUUGCUUUCACCUCAUGCAUCAUAAGCCUUCUGGAUCAGUUGCUCUUCCACAGCACUGAGGUCUCUGAAUUUUUCUAAUUUUUGUUAACGAAUUAUUUCAUUAUUAAAUGUAUGCAUGUAUCUCAGCUCUUAAUAUUCCACGUGUCAUUUCUGAUAAAUUCCAGAAAUAAGUAGAUGCUUUGCUUCUAGGAUAUUGUACCAGAGAUAUGGAGGAAGGCUCCUCCUUGGGAUUUGUUUUACACUGGGUUCCAGCCCUACUAGCCUCUGUAAUGGUCAGUACUAUGCCAUAGGAAGGGAACAUGUUUGAGAUACUACUAUCUUACUUAAGCUUUUUUCUUUUUGUCUUACUUCAUUCCAAAAAGGAUUUGAGGUUACCGAAUUUGGAGUUUUGUUCCCUCACCCCAGGGUUAAAAUUAAAUAUGGCUUUACAGUUUC